AUGAGACGGCAGCUCCGCUCCAGAAGGGCUCCGGCCUUUCCUUACGGUUAUCGCUACAGACUUGAUGAUCAGGAUGAAGUGAAUCACAACUACUUAGCAGAUGAAGAGGAGGAAGCAGAAGAAGAGGCUCAGGUGAUGAUGGCGCCUGGUCUGGAGGAAGAGGAAGAAGAGGAGGAAGGAAAAGAGGAGGAGGAAGAAAGGGAGAAAGAAGAAGGUCAGGGUCAGUCAGCAGGCAAUGCCUGGUGGCAGAAAUUGCAGAUCGUGAAUGAAUACCUGUGGGACCCGGAGAAAAGGAUGUCUCUGGCCCGAACAGGUCAGAGUCGGAGUCUCAUUUUAGUCAUUUACUUCUUCUUCUAUGCCUCCCUGGCUGCUGUGAUCACCCUAUUCAUAUACAUGCUCUUCCUAGCCAUCAGUCCUUACAUGCCGACUUUCACCGAGCAGGUGAAACCUCCUGGAGUUAUGAUCAGACCCUUCGCUCAUAGCCUUAACUUCAACUUCAACGUUUCUGAACCUGAAACUUGGCAGCGUUACGUGAUUAGCCUAAAUGGCUUUCUCCAGGGUUAUAAUGACAGUCUUCAAGAGGAAAUGAACAUAGAUUGCCCUCCGGGUCAGUACUUCAUCCAAGAUGGAGAUGAAGAUGAGGACAAGAAGGCCUGUCAAUUUAAGCGCUCCUUCCUGAAGAAUUGCUCUGGGUUGGAGGACCCCACUUUUGGAUACUCUACUGGACAGCCUUGUAUCCUCCUCAAGAUGAACCGGAUUGUAGGAUUUCGUCCUGAGUUUGGAGAUCCUGUGAAGGUGGCCUGCAAAGUUCAGAAAGGUGAUGAAAACGACAUCCGAUCCAUCAAUUACUACCCAGAGUCGGCUUCCUUUGACCUCCGCUACUACCCUUACUAUGGCAAACUGACUCACGUUAACUACACCUCCCCACUGGUGGCAAUGCAUUUUACUGAUGUGGUGAAGAACCAAGCAGUGCCUGUACAGUGCCAGCUGAAGGGCAAAGGCAUUGUAAAUGAUGUCAUCAACGAUCGUUUCGUCGGGAGGAUAAUCUUUACCCUGAACAUAGAAACCUAG